UCCAGAGCGGCGUUCUACAGCUCGCGCUGCUGAAUCACUCGGCGCUCGAUUGCUCUCGCCUGAAGCGAACAUGGCAGAUUCAGAAGCUCAGCUUUCUAUUCCCGAGUUCAGCACCCCUCUACAAAUGGACCCUUACCUCAAACCGUAUGAAAAGGACUUUGAAAGGAGAUAUGGUUUUUUUCAGAAGCAGCUGAUGCUCCUGGAGGAGGCUGAAGGGGGCUUUGAUCAGUUCACACGCAGCUAUAAGACCUUCGGAGCACAUCGCCUGCCGGACAACAGCUUCGUCUUUAAAGAGUGGGCUCCAGCUGCUGAGGCUCUGUUCCUCACUGGAGACUUCAAUGGCUGGGAUAAAUUUUCUCACCCAUAUAAAAAGAUGGACUUUGGGAAAUGGGAGCUGCACAUACCACCUAAGGAGGACAAAUCACCAGCUGUUGCUCACAAUUCCAAGCUAAAGGUGGUGCUUCACACCAAAGAAGGAGAGCGACUGUACCGAAUUUCACCUUGGGCAAUGUAUGUUACCAAAGAUGACUUGUCUGUUGUGUAUGACUGGGUGUACUGGGAUCCUCCUCAUCCUUAUGUGCAUAAACAUCCUCGGCCACGGAAGCCCCACAGUUUACGGAUAUACGAGUCACAUGUUGGCAUCGCAUCCCCAGAGGGCAAAGUGGCAUCUUACAGCAACUUCACACACAACGUGCUGCCUCGAAUAAAAGACCUUGGCUAUAACUGUAUUCAGCUGAUGGCUAUCAUGGAACACGCCUAUUAUGCUAGCUUUGGUUACCAAGUAACAAGUUUCUUCGCAGCAUCCAGUCGAUAUGGCACUCCGGAGGAACUGAAGGAGCUCAUCGAUGUGGCUCACUCUAUGGGCAUCAUGGUGCUUUUAGACGUGGUCCACAGCCACGCAUCCAGGAACACAGAGGAUGGCCUGAACCGAUUCGAUGGCUCUGAUUCAUGCUUUUUCCACAGCGGAAAACGAGGAGAUCAUCCUCUCUGGGACAGCCGACUCUUCGACUACUCCAGCUGGGAGGUGCUGCGUUUUCUCUUGUCCAACCUGCGCUGGUGGAUGGAGGAGUACCGUUUUGAUGGAUUUAGGUUCGAUGGGAUCACCUCCAUGCUCUACCACCAUCAUGGUGUCGGUUCAGGAUUUUCAGGCUCAUAUUCAGAGUACUUUGGGCUCCAUGUUGACGAAGACUCGAUAGUCUACCUCAUGUUAGCCAACCAUAUUCUACACACCCUGUAUGAGGACUGCAUAACUAUAGCUGAGGAUGUGUCCGGUAUGCCCAUGCUAUGUCGACCCCUGCAGGAGGGAGGCUGUGGUUUUGACUACAGGCUGGCCAUGGCUAUUCCUGACAAGUGGAUCCAGAUCUUAAAGGAAUUCAAGGAUGAAGAUUGGAACAUGGGCAACAUUGUGUACACUCUGACCAACAGGCGCUAUGGCGAGAGAUGCAUUGCGUAUGCCGAGAGCCACGACCAGGCUCUGGUAGGAGACAAGACCCUGGCCUUCUGGCUGAUGGAUAAAGACAUGUACACCAACAUGAGUACCUUAAUUCCCAUGAACCCUGUCAUUGACCGGGGCAUUCAGCUGCAUAAGAUGAUCCGGCUCCUGACGCAUGCUCUGGGAGGGGAGGGCUACCUUAACUUCAUGGGUAAUGAAUUUGGUCAUCCAGAGUGGCUGGACUUCCCACGUGUUGGGAAUAAAGAGAGCUACCACUAUGCGCGUCGCCAGUUUAACCUGGUGGAUGCAGAUCACCUGCGCUACCGCCAACUGUACGCCUUCGACCGGGACAUGAACCGCACAGAGGACAAGUAUGGCUGGCUCGCUGCACCACCGGCACAUGUCAGCACAAAGCAUGAGGGUGACAAGGUGAUCGUCUUUGAGAGAGCCAAUGUCAUUUUCGUCUUCAACUUCCACCCCACUAACAGCUACAGCGACUACAGAGUAGCAGUGGGACCACUGGGAAAAUAUAAGAUCAAGCUGGACUCUGAUGAGGUUCAGUAUGGAGGCCAUGGCCGACUGGACCACAACACAGAAUUCUUCACUGAGCCUGUUCCUUUUAAUGAGCUUCCAAACUCGAUGCAGGUUUACAUUCCCUGCAGAACGGCUGUUGUUCUAGCCAACGAAGAAAUCGAUUACUGCUACUGAAACACAGUGAUUCACUGAGAGAUUGAUACUCAGCAAAUGCGUCUCUCCACUGAUUUCCAUCUAAGAUUUGUGCUUGAUACACCAUAACACCCUCACUCUGUUUCUUCACCUUUCCACUCACAACAGUUUCUAAACAAGACCUUGUUUGUUUUCAGCAUAACACACUGGAAUUAAUUUGCCAUAUAACAUGUAAUUGGGGGAAAAAAUGGUAGAUCGUAGUGCAUCUCAUGGUUGCUGUUACAGUACGAUACAUAAAUAGUACGUUUUUCUAAAACUGUGAGUAAACACCAUCUGGCCUUAGUACAUGGUAUCUGUUUGCUAUAAUUACUGAUACUGCUAUUAAUCUCUGUCUGAAAAAAAAUUAAAUACAUGUGGUGGCACUUCACCUGAGGGUUGUGUUCAUACGACUACAUGAUAUCAACAUAACCCCUUCAUGACAACUGACAUAAACCUACAUAAAUGUUUCUAAAAGCUUAUUCCCAUAAGUAUCAGCCGUCAGCUUUUGGUCAUUUAGUUAAGUAUACAUAAAUCCUAGACAUAUUUUUGUUGACCUAAGGUUCGAUUAUAACACUUUCAGGGUUGACUUACGUUGAAUUUGUAAGUCUCUGCACUUCGGAUAUGUCAGAGUCACAUACUGCUGAUAGUGAACACAUUAUCUUAAUCAUUACACUGUAACAACACUAGAACAGAGAUGUGUAUAUUUUUUGGCCCUUACAUGAGUUUAAAUUAGAGUGCAUUUGGUUCUGAUGUUACAUUAUCGUCAUUAUAUACAAGUGCACUGAGCUAUGAAGUCAUUUAAAAUGAUUUUCUAAUGUAAUCCAGCCCAGAAAAAGUCACACCACAACCAUAUGUCAACAAAAUUCUCUGUCACAUGACUCAGUUGUAAUGUCAACCUGACAUCAAAAUGAGCAAAAUCAGUUUUAAGACAGCUGACACCAUAAAAAAGUAAACCUUUAUAAGUAUUCGUAUACUAUAGUGGACUGGUGUCUCGUCCAGGGUGUAUUCCCACUUUGUACCCACUGUUCCUGGGAGAGGCUCCGGAGCUGCUGUGACCCUGACCAGGAUAAAGAAGUUACUGAAGAUGAAUGAAUUAAAUGUUUAUGUCAGUUGUCAUGAUGAGCUUAUGAAGGUGUUAUGUUAUCCUGGGAACACGCUAAAGUAAAGUAUUACCACAUACUGUAUGGUGACACUGAUAUUAUGGUACCUUCUGAAGAAAAUUCUUCCUGAUAUUUGUUGUAACUACACUGAGAAUGUCUAAAUGUGAAUUAAGAUACAUGUCAUGUGUGAGCCGUUCAAUGUGGAGAAAAUGUAAACGUUUGAGUAAUUUCCACGUUUGGUUUGUGGUAUUUUGUAAGUUCUGAUAGGCUGACUCUAUUAAUUUGGUGUUCCUUGCAAUGUUUUUUUUUUCCAACCACUAGACUAAUGGAUGGUAGGAAGAUGAUUUGAUGAUUGUUUGAUCUUAGUGGGAGGAAAUGAACUAAAAUGUUGGAUGUAAUAUCUUCAGAAAGACUAAAUAUCUGAAAGCAGAAAAAAAAAACCACUUCUGUGUAUUCACUGAAUAAGAAAAGCAUAUCUUCUCUUAGUAUGUUGUAUUAAAUUAAUUUUCUAAUAUUGUCUCCUGAUUGUUACAGAGGAGAUCCUGCCCUAUGAAUCACCAGCUAUAUAUUCAGGCCAUCUAUGUUUAUAAAGCCUGAAUGAUUGUGAAUGAAAUGACCACAGACACUGUGCUAAUGGGGUCCCACUUUAUUUAGAGAAGGUGUUGACUAUUUCGAGAAAGUCUAACAAGGAUUUGAGUUAUGAUGAUCGUUUCGAUUAGGCCCAGAAUAAUGUGUUAGUUACUAUAUAUAUUUAUAUAUAUUAAUCUGAAUGUUAGUUAUGAACCAUUUACCCAUUUAAGUCAACUGUAAAUGACGUGUUGGCACAAAUUCUCCUUUUGUGUUUUGGUAUCUUCAGUUAAAUAAAACCUCGCAGUAUUAUAAUGGGUAAAUGGGCAUCACACUGUCCCAUUAUAAUUUUGGUCUAUUAUGAACUUUCCGUUGCCUGCCUUCCCUCUUCAACAGCAGUGUUUCUCAUUAAUGUCGAGUAGCUACUUGAAGAUAAUGCUGGCCUGCUUUUGAAUCCUCUAUAGAGAAAGCAGAAUGAAACUGUGUGUAAAUACAUUAGGGGUUAUUAUCCUGAACCUGCUCUGCUGAAUAAAUAAAGAGCCUUUUUCCUUUGCCCUCUGUAUUUAAAGAGACACACCUUUCGAUCUGCUUUGUGUUUUGAUCAAGCCGCAUUGUCCUGUAAAAAAAAAUAAAAAUAAGAUGCUCGUAUAGAAAUAAUGAGGCUCUAGAUGUCUCUCCGUCCACAGAGGUUAAUAGAGAAAUUGUGUGUGUGUGUGUGUGUGUGUGUGUGUGUGUGUGUGUGUGUGUGUAUGUGUGUGUUAGUUUUUUCUUUUAGUCAUACAUUUGAAUCAAAUCUGUUUUGGGACAAAAAAGUGUUGUAGCUAUUUUCUCAUUGAAAAGCUGUGUUUUUGUGAAAGAUGAAAGAGAUAAUUAAAAGUAAGUGGAUGUAAUCAUGUACAAAUUUCUGUGGAAAUGUAAUGUUUUUGAAUUUCAGUUUUCUCCUUAGGUUCAACACAGUUGUCCACGGUUUUCAGUUUUGUGGAAAAAUAAAUAUAAAAUAUAUACACUGCAA